GAACCAACUCGUGCAUCUUUCCUGCCAUUUUUUCUCUCUCUAAAAAAUACACCUAAGAGAGAGAGAGACGGAGAGAUAAAAGCUAAAACCCUCUCUCUCUCUCUAUAUUUAUCUAUCUAUCUCCUCUCACAGCUUCUGUCGCAGUCUUCCCCCUCGGUCUCACUAGGGUUCUGGGCUCCGACUCCAUGGCCGCACCUUUACCGUUCCUCUAACCCUCCGGCGUAAUGCCUACAGUCGAUUCAUCCGUCGACGCUGCCCAUCAUCGCCUCUCUUCGAAGCGCAAGCUCGACGAUUAUGGCCCACCUGAUGACGACGCCUCCUCCGACCUAGUAUCCGUCAGGAUGCGAAAGGACUGCUCCCCCGCCGCCGUAAAUUCUUCCAACCAUGCUCCUGAUCAAGUCCCCAGAGUUAGGGUUUCUGACGCCCGAUCGGCCGAGUUGAGCCUGCCGGGUUCAAGACUCCAGUUCUUUGUGCGGAUGAUCUCCGAGGGCAACACCAUCGUAAUUCAGGCGAACCACACCGAUACGGUGAGGUCCCUGCACGAGCGGAUCCAGGAGAUUUCUGGAAUUCCGGUGAUCGAGCAGAGGCUGAUAUACCGGGGGAAGCAGCUCCAGUGGGAGCAGUCCUUGGCUGAGUGUUCCAUCCAGAACGAUGCUGGGCUCCAACUCGUGGGUCGGAUGCGGAGUACGGAGCAUCCGCUUGCGUGGCAGGCCAUAGACGACAUGGUUUCCACCAUCUGGCAGCUCAUGAGGGGCCAAGCCCCUUUGGGUAUGAGGUCCAUCAAGUGCAAGCUGCUUGAUUUCUUGAAGAUGACUCCCAGUAACGACAGUGAAUCCGCAGCCGGGCACCUUCAGAUUCUUCUUUCUUCCUCGGCUACAGCUGCUCUGGUAAUGCUUUACUUUUCUCCUAUAGUUCGUAAUAAAGAAGCGGCCGAUGAGGCAAUCCGGCACUUCCUUAAUUCCUGCGGCACUAUGUUACCGAAACCCAUACAUUCCCAGUGUGCGCCAAUAGUCUUAGAGUUUUGUAAGUUGUUAGGUACAAGUGGAAAUGACGACCCUUUGUACCUUUUGUGUCGAAGCACUCUUGGGUCGUUGGUGGAAAGUGUUGGCAUUUCACGGGUUGGCACAAAGUACUCUGAUCGAAGUAAAGGCACAUGUUCAGGUUCAGGGUUGAUUGUGUUUCGAGAGAUUUUGCCAUUUGUUAGAGAACUAGCAAAUCGGUUGUUGAGAGAUUUGGCAUCAAGUAUGGACUCGACCACAAGCUUUGGGCCAUUGGUGGCUGAUGUUCGGGAUUUUGCAGCGUUCCUGUUGCCCCUCCGGGGAGCAAUUGUUGAGCAGGUGGGGUUUCUAGGCCGCCCUGUUUCACUGCCGCUGCACGAGAGUGCAUAUGAGCAUCCUUGUUAUGGGGAGGAGGUUGAGUUUCUCCAUGUGAUUUUCAGUGAUUUGUUGAAGAAGAUGGACCAGUGCUUGAAGAAAAUGGAGGAUUACUUGAGGAUCAAGAAAGCGGGAGAAGGUGAAAAUGUGGGGCCAGGAUGUUUACAUUAUCUUGCAAUUUUGAAGGAGCUAAAUGGCAUAUCAAGACUCUAUGAAGGUGCUGAAGAACAGUUUUGGGAUAUGUUGAGGCUUAGAAAGGCAUCGAUUUGUGCUCUUGUCAUGAAAUAUGCAAAUAGAAGUGAUGAUAAUAAAUGGAUCCUCGAGCAUAAAGAGGUGACUGAUUUUGAAGCUAGGAAACAUUUGGUGAUGCUGCUGCUACCUGAGGUGAAAGAAGAGUAUGAAGAGCUGCAUGAGAUGCUCAUUGACAGGUCGCAAAUAUUGGCAGAAUCAUUUGAGUACAUAGCGCAUGCAGAGCCUGAGGCAUUGCAUGGUGGGCUAUUUAUGGAAUUCAAGAACGAGGAAGCUACAGGUCCUGGUGUGUUACGGGAGUGGUUUUUCUUAGUAUGCCAGGAAAUUUUCAAUCGGGAAAAUGCUCUUUUUGUUGCUUGCCCAAAUGAUCAAAGAAGAUUCUAUCCAAAUCCUGCAUCUAAAGUGGAUCCCUUGCACCUCGAGUAUUUCAACUUUUCAGGUCGUGUGAUUGCUUUAGCCUUGAUGCAUAAAGUGCAAGUGGGUGUAGUCUUUGAUCGUGUGUUUUUCCUGCAACUGCGUGGAAGCUAUGUUUAUUUGGAGGACAUACAGGAUGCAGAUCCAGAAUUAUACAGUAGUUGCAAGAAAAUUUUGGAGAUGGACACUGAGUUCAUAGAUUCAGAUGAGUUAGGACUAACAUUUGUUACAGAGGUUGAGGAGUUAGGAUCCAGGAAAAUUGUGGAACUUUGUCCAGGAGGGAAAAACAUGAGCGUAAAUAGCAGGAACCGAAAGGAAUAUGUUGAUCUUCUUAUUCAGCAUCGCUUUGUCACAUCUACCACAGAACAGGUGUGUCAUUUUGCACAUGGUUUUGCUGAUAUUUUAUGUAACUCAAGGCUCCAGAGGUUCUUUUUCCAAAGCUUAGAGCUUGAAGAUCUUGAUUCAAUGCUGUAUGGAAGUGAAAGUGAAAUUAAUGUGAAGGAUUGGAAGGCUCAUACUGAGUACAAUGGCUACAAGAAAACUGAUCCACAGAUAUUGUGGUUCUGGCAGAUUGUAGGCAAAAUGACUACAGAGCAGAAAAAGGUUCUUCUCUUCUUUUGGACCUCUGUCAAGUAUCUACCAGUAGACGGUUUCCGUGGUCUGGCUUCCAGGCUUUACAUAUACAAGUCUACAGAGUCCUAUGAUCGCUUGCCUUCCUCUCACACAUGCUUCUACCGUCUGUGUUUCCCGCCAUACCCAUCCAAGGCUGUGAUGCGGGAUCGCCUUCGCAUCAUCACCCAAGAGCACGUUGGAUGCAGCUUUGGUACCUGGUGAACUUGGGACGAAGGAUGGGUUUUUGACUGCACAUAAAGAUUGUACUCAAGCUUUGUACAGAUUAUAGGAUAAUCUUAUCGAUCUGUUUAUUAAUAGCUUUUAAUAUUAAGGUAUUGAAAAGUUCCCAUGUCUCUAUGAAUGUUGUAGUCCCAUGCCUCCCCCUUUGUUCUUUUUUAUUUUUACCCUUUUUUUCCCCAACUGUUUAUAUAGAUAUAGGAUAAAUAAGAAGUUUGAGGGGGAUAAGGAAGAAACUUUUCCUGCUUUAAUGGACUUUUCCCUUUGGGGGAUAAAGCUGUUGCAUUUAGUAAAUUUCUCGAAGCACAUGAUGAGAGUUAUUUAUAUAAUUUGAUUCUCUCUC